AACUUACCUACAUAUGUAAAUCAUUUUAGUAUUUAUAAAAGAAAAGAUUUGGUAUAUAGGGCUUGUUCGCAUGGAUGACAGCCACGAGACCUGAACUAGAAUUCUGUGGCGGAAACGCUGGUACCCAGUACUUAAUAUUUAAUAUGUCAAUGCCUAGCUCUUUUCGAGAUUCAGAGACUUAUUUUGACACCGUAAUAGAAUUUCUAUGCUCAUACUCGUGGAUUUAUCGCGAAGCCAAUGUAGCUUGUAUACCAUCUAUUAACAUUAUGCCGCUUGAAUUCAAAAAAUAUUUUCUGGAAAUAUCUAAUGAAAAACUUAACGCAUUUCCUUAUAUACACGAAAAUAUAAGCGAUUACCCAUCAGAGCUUUGUAGUUUCAGACAACAAUUGUCCAUUUUAACGCCAAACCUUAAUUCGCCUAAAACUUUCGACGUAAUGAGGAAUAAUAGAAACCACAAGGGGCUGUCGACAAAGAAAACACAGGAAAUCAAACAACUUGCAGCUCACAUACACGACCAUUGUGCAAAUACGCAAGUGUUAGUUGACUUGGGAGCAGGUUUGGGUUACCUAAGCCAUGCCCUGUACGGACUUAAACCUGAUUGCCUUAUACUAGGCUUGGAAGCCGAUAUGGCACGCGUGGAGCAGGCUCGUCAAAGAUGUCUUCGUUGCUUGCCACCGGAUGCCAUAAACUCAAUUCGAUAUUUGCAAAAAUUCGUUAGCUUUGACUCCGGAUCUUAUAUAGAUGAGCAGACAUCAGAACUUGCUAGGAAUAACGGUUCUUUAGAUCGUAAAACAAUUUCAAUAAUUGGCUUGCAUGCCUGUGGGGAUUUAAGCAUAAAUGCAAUGCACUUAUUUUUAAAAAUGCCCCGAGUUCAGUGCCUUCACAUAAUGCCCUGCUGCUACCACAAGCUUGAAGUCGUUAAUCAUGGCAGAGACAGCGAUGCAAAAUCAUUUACUAACUUUCCGCUUAGCGCUGCGUUAGGAAAGUCUGUAAAAAAAAGCUUUAAAAACCCAUUCUUAAACAGACCGUUUCUAAGACUGGCGUGCCAACGUUCCACUUCUAACUGGUGGCGAGAUUGCACCGAAGGCGCACAUAAGGAACACGGAUACCGCAUGUACAUGCGAGCGCUAGCUGAGGCUAUCCUUAACUCAACAGAAUUUGUAAAGCCAAGGAAAAGUCGAUUCCCAGUGGCCAGCUACCCAAUAGACUUUUUUGAAAUAAAGAGAAGGUUUCAGCUAUUUUCAAAAGAAUCUGGUGCGUCGGUGGAAUGGCAGCCUUCCCACGAAAAUAUGUUUUUUGAGAUAAGCACUAUGUAUACCGACCAAGAGGGUUCUAUGCUGGUGGAAGGCUUAACAUGCUUGCAAGCAGCAAUGCAGAAACUAUGUGAAAACGUAGUGUUAUUUGACCGUCUGUGUUUCUUGAAGGAAGCGGCAGAAAACCAGAAGCUUACUGUUCAGGUGCGAUAUGAGACAUUGUUUGAUGAGAAGAUAUCGCCACGAUGCCAGGUUCUGUUUGCAGAAAAGUUGUUUUGAAGCUGUCUUAAACUUUAGUUAACUUGUUUCUUUUGGUACUGGUGGUUUUUUUUAACGGCUUUACGCAAACUAAAUAAAUAUAUAUAUUAUA